GCCCAGGGCCCGCCCCGCGGCUCGGGGGCGCGCGCGCGCGCGUGCGGGAGGGGGCGGGUUGGGAAGGAUCGCUGGCGAGAUCCCGAGGCGAGGCUCGCGCGCCCGCCCCCGCCCUGGCCCCCAGCGCCCACCCGGUCCGCCCGGCUCAGCCAUGAUCAAGGCGAUCCUCAUCUUCAACAACCACGGGAAGCCGCGGCUCUCCAAGUUCUACCAGCCUUACAGUGAAGAUACACAACAGCAAAUCAUCAGGGAGACAUUCCAUUUGGUAUCUAAGAGAGAUGAAAAUGUUUGUAAUUUCUUAGAAGGAGGAUUAUUAAUUGGAGGAUCUGACAACAAACUAAUUUAUAGACAUUAUGCAACGUUAUAUUUUGUCUUCUGUGUGGAUUCUUCAGAAAGUGAACUUGGCAUUUUAGAUCUAAUUCAAGUAUUUGUGGAAACAUUAGACAAGUGUUUUGAAAAUGUCUGUGAACUGGAUUUAAUUUUCCAUGUAGACAAGGUUCACAAUAUUCUUGCAGAAAUGGUGAUGGGGGGAAUGGUAUUGGAGACCAACAUGAAUGAGAUUGUUACACAAAUUGAUGCACAAAAUAAACUGGAGAAAUCUGAGCAAAUAGUUUACACUGGCCUAUUUUGUAUCAGUCAAGAUUUUUCUCAGGCUGGCUUAGCGGGAGCUCCAGCCCGUGCUGUUUCAGCUGUAAAGAAUAUGAAUCUUCCUGAGAUCCCAAGAAAUAUUAACAUUGGUGACAUCAGUAUAAAAGUGCCAAACCUGCCCUCUUUUAAAUAAAAAAAAUUUAAAAGGCCACUCCCAGGUAAAAUCCAGGGGGGAAAGUCAUCUAAGUUUACCAUGCAGUUGUUUACCAAAAAUAGAGGAGGAGAGUCCUACAUUUUGCUCUUGGAUUUAAGUCGAGGUACUGUAUAGAAGUUGUGUAAAAUCAAUAUGGCGGUUCAAUGUUGUUUUUCUUGUUCAGUGAUUUUAAAGAAAUUGAGUAGUUUCAGUGUGAUUUUUUAAAAAUUUCUUUUCUAAACUGCAUUCCUAUGCCCACCUAAGGCAUGCUUCUAUGUAUUGGCUACAACAGUAUUUCAGAAAGUGUUUGAAACAUUUCUUUAAAUUAUGUACAACCCAAAAUGUUGGUGGUGUUUUGUAUGGAUCACAAGUAUAGCAUUCCUUAAUUCUUUCUGUUAUUUGUCACAACUGUUAUUUAAAGAAUCAAGUAUGUAUUGCAUGAAAACAUUUUGACCUUUUCCUCUUAGUUUAAAUAAACUCCAAGGUAACUGGA